AUGGCGAGCGAUGAUGAAAAUACUCUUAGGUUUAUAAGUGUUAAUGAGUCGAUGGAGGAAAACCUAUUACGAGCUUCGGAAGCUAGUAAGGAAUACGAUUUGAACAGCGAAUGGAUUUCCGCGAGCAAUUUGGAAAAUAUUGAUUUGGAGACACAUCGAUCGGUGUACAUUUUGGAGAAUUUUGAAGGACAAAGUUUCGAGUACUUGAAGGAAAGAAAUUGCAGGAUCGUCGGUCCACCGUGUAUAUUAUCGUGUUUACAAACAGAGACUCCGCUGCCAAAUGUCCAGUACCCAGUUUAUUGUGUAGCCAUGCGAGGCACUGCCAUCAGUUGUACUAGUGUUCCUCGGGAAGAGAGAGAUAGGCUUUACGAUCUUAUCCGGCUGAUGGGAGGGAUUGUUAUGAAAGACUUCACCAGCGCAGUAACUCACCUGGUUGCGGGUGAGGUGGGAUCUAAGAAGUACAAGGUUGCAUGUAGUUUCAAUAAACCAAUUUUAUUACCACAGUGGGUUUACAAAUGCUGGGAGCUUAGUCAGGACGAACAUGUGUGUGCCACAGAUGAACAAUUCAUGGAAUUCAAAUGCCCAACAUUCAAAGGAAUCACUCUCUGUGUGACAGGCAUUGAUGCAGAAAAAAGAAAAGAAAUAAAGAAACUUGUGACACAACAUGGUGGAACGUACUCAGGAGCACUUGAUAUGAACACUUGCACCCAUUUACUAGUUGAUGACCCAAGGGGUGAAAAAUAUGAGUAUGCAAGAAGGUGGAAUCUUCACUGUGUUUGUACACAAUGGUUUUAUGACUCAGUUCAGACAGGCUUGUGUCUGGAUGAGUCAAGCUAUUACACUCAACCUGAUAAAGAAAAUAACAGUUCACAAGCAGGUGCAAGAUUGUCAGGUAGCUUAAUCAAAGGCAGUACUUCUAAAAGUGGCACAGAGAUGAAGGUAUCAAAUAAAGCUGCACAAGCAGCAUACAAGAGUGCACAGAAACAUGGUAACAAAGAUUUGAUCCCUAGUUCCGGAAGAAAUAGUAUGCAAUCUAAUCAGUCUAAGGCUUUGGAAAAUGUUUCCAAGAUAGGAGAGACUCACAUUUCUGACCCAGAUGGCUCUGAAUUUGAUGUUAGAGUUCAGCCUGGGAAUAUGUUUCUGGAUGGUUGCAAAAUUUAUUUAAGUGGAUUUUCUGGGCAUAAGUUGGAGAAGCUUAGAAAGAUCAUCAACUCUGGAGGAGGGACAAGAUUCAAUCAGAUCAAUGAGAUUGUAUCGCAUGUUGUUGUUGGAAAUAGAAUCAAUGCAGAUAUUGAUUUGUUGAGAAACUGUGAUUUUCAAGCUUUUGUUGUUAGUGUUCAAUGGAUUUUGGAUUCUGCAAAGGAAGGGAAAAAGCUACCAGAGGAAAGUAAGUGUGUUUCACCAUCCAUGCUCACUUUCCAAAGAACAAUUCUCCACAGUGUUAACUAAUAGAUACAAUUCUUACAAUGAAUGACAAGAGAAUUUGUUGUUAAAUCAGGCAAUAUUAUGUACAUGUAGUUAAUAAUUUUUUUUUCACUUCUCAUUACCUUUCUUCAAGGCUGUGCUCUAACGGCGCCCGGUCGCCUGAGGCGACUAACAUUUGGCCUCGGGCGACUGAAAAUAUUUUCUUGGUCGCCCGGCGGGCGACUGGCUGGUGUUGGUUUCUUGAUUUACAGUAAAAAAAAAAAGAAAAUGUUGUUCAAUCGGGCGCGCGCUGAUAUUCAAAGGUCGUUCCACGUGAAUUUACGUGUAACAUAAUCAUCGACUUUGAUCGUGACAAGCUGCACAGUUUUCGAUUUUAACCGCUUUUCCAAAUAGUAUUAUAAUUUUUUUUUUUGAAUAAACACAGGAGUCGCUCUUCUAUGCUAAUUUAAUAUUUUAGCCGGCUUUUUACCGCCGUGUCUGCGAGGCAAAAACAUAACUUAAGAUUGUUUUUCCAGUAAAACACAAUGUAUAAAAAAGAAAAGAAACGUUUUUUUUUGUGAUUGUUUUAGAAACGGGUAUAAACUCUAUAAGUCCCGCAUUGUCCUUGGUGUCGUGACAAGUUAUUACGUAUCACGCACUAAAAAUAAAAUCGACCGAAUCCACAAAAAGCUCAUUUGUCUUGAACAUUUCACCGAUAACAUAGGAAAGAAAAUACUUCUGUUCUGCUCUUAAACGAUGACUUUCCAACAAGAUGACUUAUUCAAAAAAGAUGAUAGUUUUGGGGCGGCCGCGGGUUUCGUUGCAGAAAUUCAUGGCAGCUUUCCUGGGAAAGCCGCCAUGGGAUCUCAGUCGUUUGUCGCAAGCGAAUUUUCUUUUCAACCUAAAUGAUUAGUAAAAAGAAUAGUUUUCUUAUUUUUGACCGAAACAUUUUAAUAAAAAUUACCUAAACAGACCUUAAUCUUACUUUUCAUUAAAAAAAAACAUGAAAAAUUCGACAGCUUCGCCCUUGUUUCUCAUGGCGUGAAAACUUUGAUGGGUUUCAUAUGACAACAUGCGGGUUUUUUUUCACACGCUUUGGCUAAAAAUUAGCGAGUUUGCUGAUCAAUAAAUACACAUAGUUCUAUUUGACUUGUUACGAAAACAGUUUGUUUAAUUUUUAAUAAUUAACUGACUGAUUUAUUAAUUUGGGCAACCAACUAGGAGGCCCGGGCACCUUAGCUAAAAUGUUUGGGAGCCCGAAGGGCUCCCCGAAAUUUUGAUUUGGGCGACCAUCUUUUAGGCCUGGGCACCCAAGCUAAAACGCUUGGGAGCCCAAAGGGCUCCCUGAAAUUUUCCUUAGAGCACAGCCUUGUUUCUUCCCUAAGAUGUACUGAUUUUUUAAGUAAAAAUUGAUCUCUGGUCACUCCUUAUGGGUAAUAACAUUGCUUAAUGGGUAAAGAUAUGAACAAACAGUAUUAAAUUUUUUUUAACUUAUUUUUUAAUACCAUUUGCUAUUAAUAAUGUCAUGAGUCACUGGUACAUUUGAAUGAUUGAUAACAUAUUUUAUGAUUAUGAUACUUCAUAAAACAGAUUCUUCUCAAUAUCUGGGUCCUCAAUAAUAUGAAGAUGAACUGAACGAACUCUCCCUUGGGCACUUUUCCUCUUACAAAUGUGAUAAAAUCCUUUACUAUAUGGAAAAGAAGUCCUAAGGAAAUCCUAGUGCAAUGAUUGGUUCUUGCUUGGUUGGGAUUUUGCAAAAUUGACCAUUUCCAUGGAAAUGGUCAUGCACCAUGUAUUUUUGUUUGCAAAAGACAACAAAUUAAAAACAAAAAAGUUUCGUGCAAGUGCCCCGCUAUAAACUACUUAUUAACCUUGCUUCCUUGAGCUGCUGAGGAAUAUAGGCCCUCAGUUAUUUCUGCACUAAACUCCCUGUGUUUUGUCCAUACUGCCACAACCUCAGGCCAAUAUUCCUCAGUGCAGUCCUCAUGCUUGGUAAGAAGUUAAUAAUACUUAAGUCUAUAAUUUAGACACAAGUGAACUUGACCCUUGACUGGAUGCAAAUUAUUAUCUAUAGUAAUUUGAAUCACUUCUGUUCCAUUGUAUUUUCUCUUUGCAGCUUAUCUUCUCUCAGAUCUAUUACAAAGGGAAGAUCUUUCACUGUCAUGCAAAGAGAACAAGGAUCCUGAUAAAGCCAUUUCAAAAGCAACAAAAAGUGUCUCUAUUCUUCAGCCAAAUGCAUCAGAGGAAAAUCAUAAGGACACAAAGGCCAAGCCAAAGGAGGAUCAUUGUGAUGGCGAUGAUGAUUAUGAUGAUGUUUUCUUACAAUAUCUGCCUCAGAGUGAAGAGAAAGGCAAUGAACCUGUGCACAACCUUCCUCAAGGAGACACCAGUGCACAGUUCAAAGGUUCAGUAUAGUAUAGUUAACAUGAGAAUUAUGAGUUUGCUGUAAAUAUUGUGGGUUAAAACAUGCUAAUAAGCAGACUGAGAUAAUUUCAAACUGACUCUUUUUGUUUUGGGUGCUUAUGAGUCAUUUGAAGUUAUUACAUGUACAAGAGGUGAUUCCCAAACCCUUCAGAUGUACAGAAGAGUUGUUAAUUAAGAUUCCUAGUUUUUCCCUUUUUGGUUAAAUUGACUGGGCUACAUCACCCUUAACUUGCUGUGCAGACCUUGAAUUUAGUAAUUACUGAAGUUUUUUCACCUACCAGAGCACAGUAGUCUAAGUGCUGAUCCUGAUGCUACACUUGAUGACGAAGAAGAAGAAGCUUUCCAAGAAGGAUUACUGUCUGGAAAGUACUUCACAGUGGCUGGUUUUUCCAGUGAACAGCUGACACACCUCUGGCAUCUUAUAGAGAGCAAUGGAGGAAAGGCUGUUGCCAGUGGACAAACAGCUGACUAUGCAGUGUUGCCAAUGAACACAGUUCUUGAAGAAGAUUUACAUGCAAAACAGCUAGUAAGUAACUUUAUGUUUGCAUACUUACAGUAUACAAUUUUAACAUGUUCUUGUGUGGAAGAAAACAAUAAUUUACAGUGAGUAAAUUGUAGGAGACUGGGUGAAUAAAAUAGAAGGUGGCAAGGUGACCCUGUUAUAUUCAUGGUAAAGAUACUUAACUCCUACAAUCUAAAAUCACCAACCAGUAGUUUAAGAGGGUUCCAUCACACUGUCUUUGAAACUGGAAGGCAUAUAAGGGUGGUUACUUGUGACAAAAUUGCAUUUCACCCCAGCUUCCAGAGUUGAAACAACAAUCAAAGCCUAGAUUUGUAGGUCACUUGACUGCUGAGACUAAAUUUUUUUAAUCAAGGUUUUCUUUUGGAAAUGAUAAUUGAAGGAAAAUGGUGUGGAGUAACAAAGAGAAUGUGCUACACAUUGGGUCCAUUGCUGACUAAUAACCAUUCAGGAAUCAAAAUUCAGCUUGAGAAUUCUUGUUGGAUGGGCGUAAAUGUUUAAAUAUCCUUUCUGAUCCCUUGUCAAAACAGAAAGUGUUGCUAUUUUAUUUCUUUAGUCUUAUCCUCUAAAGGUUUUUAACAAGGGAUCAUUGUUAAAGUUAAGGGAUUCACAUUCAGGUAAAAAAAAUUAUCACAGGAAGCUUGCAGUUAUA